AUGGCUGACGAAGUACUCCACAGCCUCCCUCAAUUCUUCCCUUCCAUCUCAGUCGGCAAAGAUGGCCAAAUCCAGAGGCUAUAUUCCCAAGAUGUCGUUCCCCCAUCUCUAGAUCCAGCCACGAGCGUCCAAUCCAAAGACGUCGAAAUCGCGCCGGGAAUCAACCUUUCCGCCUGGAUUUACCUCCCGCCCAACGUCGUGCCUACCAUAAAACUCCCGCUUCUCUUCUACUACCACAGCGGCUGCUUCAUCAUUGGCUCCGCCUUCUCCCCACGCUAUCAAAACCACCUCAAUCACUUAGUCGCACAAGCCAACGUCGUCGCCGUCUCGUUGAAUUACCGAAUAGCCCCCGAAUUCCCGAUCCCGACUGUGUUCGAGGAUUCAUGGCGGGCCAUCAAAUGGAGCACCGAGGGAAAGGAGGAGUGGAUCAAUGAAUUCGUCGAUCUGAAGCGUGUGUAUUUAGGCGAAGGAGGGCCAAAUGCGUUGAGGACGACGAGUUCUAGGGAUUUCAAUUUUGUUUAG